GCCGCCUUCGUCGAGUGGAUCGGGAUCUCCCCGGAGCUGGUUCAAGCAGAGGUCGCACGGCAGCUGGAAAGACAGUUCAGUGAGUUCCAUGAAGAGCUUGGUCAAGAAAAGCGGCGGACUGGCGAAGCUGUGAAAGAAGCGCGGAGGUGUCGAGAAGACUGCUGGAUGCUCAGGAGAUGGGAAUGGUUGAGCCUCGCCCUCUACCUGAAGUACCUCCACAUCAGGGACUACGUGAACGAGAAGGGUUUGGCCCCGGAGUUUACACAGAAGCUACCUCAAGCCAUACCCCACUGGUCCCCGAGGUACGACGCAGUUCUUCGAGCCGCUAAGACCGAGGAGGAGUGGAAUGCAGCUAGAGAUGUGAGCGUUCAGCUUGCUGGGGGUGGCCUCUAUGCGGCAGACAAAGACCGGGAUGUUUGGAAGGAGGUGAUUCAGUGGGCGGCACUGAGUGGGAAGAUUGGCACAAUUGUGGCCAGGGAUUGUCCUACCACACCUUUGGAUCAGGACUCCCGGGACUAUGUGGAUGAGAUGGGCUUGUCGGAUGUUUACGUUGACAAGUUUGUGGGUGACCGCUGCGUACGCUUGGCAAAGCUGAACAGUGAUGCAGCGUGGAAACUGCAUGUGUCUCGAAAUCAUCAGCCUUUUCGGCGAGACUGUUCUAUCUGUGAACGAAACGGCGCGGCAUGGCACCAGCACCGGUCUACAGCGCACCCCAUGGCUUACAGCUUGAGUGUGGAUGUGGGUGGACCGUUGAAAGGAUAUGGUCGCUCCCCGGACGGCAAGUUCUUCAAGUAUUCUGUCAAUGGCGCCAUGAGAAUUCUGAAGAUAGAAGAUGCUGAUGGUCAUGGUGAUUUUCGUGGUUACCCUAUACCUCCACCCCCGGAUGACGAUUAG